AUGGCUCGGAAAUUGUUCUGCGCGUUGCUAUGGUUUUAUUUUAUAAUUUUAUUAAAAAGGGGGGUUGUUUCCAAGGAAAUUGGAAAUAAUAAAAAAGAAUUAAUCGGUAGUCAUGACAACCUUAAGAAUUUCACCGUCGUUGUGAAUGACUUGGAAACGGCGGCAGGACAUCAUGGGGGCUGGGGUGGGUGGGGUCACGGUGGGUGGGGAGGGUGGGGUGGGGGCCAUAACAACCAUGGCCAUCACCAUGGCAACAAGGGGCAUCACAAUUCUGGCCACCACAAAGGUUCCCAUGGGGACCACGCCUCGAAAUACGGGGGUCACCACGGGGGCGGGCAUCACCAUGGCAACAAGCACCAUGGGCAUCAUGGUUGGGGGGGCAAGAAAUACGGGCACAACAACCACCACAAAAAAGGGCAUCACACGUCCGGUUACCAUAACAAAUACCAUAAAGAUGAGUACAAGAAAAAUCACAAGUUUUACGAUUCUCAUCAUAAAGAUGGACACCACUCGAAGCACGGAAAAUACGGGCAUCACCAUGGCGACCACCACGGGAAGAAAUAUUACGGAGGUCACCAUAACAACAACAAAUACGGAAAGCACCACAACAACCAUGGUCACCAUAAAAAGGGUUGGCAUGAUGAUAAUCAUAAAGGAUGGAAGGGUUGGCAUGGCAACCAUGGUAACCAUGGACACAAUCAUCAUCAUAAUCACCAUGGGGGACAUGGCGGGGGUGGUGGGGGAGGAGGAAAUGGUGGGGGCGGCGGUCACCACGGUGGGUGGGGCGGGUGGGGUCACCAUGGAUAA